CGGCUCUGGGCGGCCCCUCCGGCUCCAAGCAGGCGUCCGGUGCGCCCUGGGCGCGCGGGCCGGAGCGCCGGAGCGGGGGAGCCGGAGCCGGGUCGAGACUACAGGAGCCGGGGCGGCAAGAGGAGACGAACAAAUAGUCCCCAGCGCCUCCUGCGGCUGCCUUUGGGCCUGUGGUCCCAGGCACCGCCGGGCGGGCCGAGCCGAGCCGGGCCGGGCCAGGCCAAGCGGGCUCCUGGCCCUGGCCCUGCGGGCUCUAAUUGCGGCGCUUAUGUUGAUGAUUUUUUUUUUUUUUUAAUCACAGCAGCCCCCAGUUUAGCGGACUGAUUUACUCCCGGUAUUGGUAAAUAUGAUCACGUGGGCCGUGCGACCAAUGGUGGAAGCUGCAGCCUGCGAACUAGUCGGCGGCUCGGGCGCCGGCGGGGAGCGGCUCGGCGGCGGGCAGUGUAACCUUGGGUGGGAGCGCGAGGCGCCUCAAAAUGUCCUCCAGUGGCACCCUCAGUAACUACUACGUGGACUCGCUCAUAGGCCAUGAGGGCGACGAGGUUUUCGCCGCGCGCUUCGGGCCGCCGGGACCAGGCGCUCAGGGCCGGCCUGCAGGUGUGGCCGAUGGCCCGGCCGCCGCCGCCGAGUUCACCUCGUGUAGUUUUGCCCCCAAAUCGGCCGUGUUCUCCGCCUCGUGGUCCGCGGUGCCCGCCCAGCCCCCGGCGGCGGCGGCGAUGAGCGGCCUUUACCACCCGUACGUGCCCCCGCCGCCCCUGGCUGCCGCCGCCUCCGAGCCCGGCCGCUACGUGCGCUCCUGGAUGGAGCCGCUGCCCGGCUUCCCCGGUGGUGCGAGCGGCGGCGGCGGUGGAGGAGGAGGCGGUGGCCCGGGCCCCGGUCCCAGCCCCGGCCCCGGAGGCCCAGCCAACGGGCGCCACUAUGGGAUUAAGCCUGAAACCGGAGCGGCCCCGGCCCCCGCCGCAGCCUCCACCUCCUCCUCUACUUCCUCGUCCUCCUCCUCCAAACGGACUGAGUGCUCAGCGGCCCGGGAGUCCCAGGGGAGCGGCGGCACCGAGUUCUCGUGCAACUCGUUCCUGCGGGACAAGGCGACCGCGACGGCGGGGGGAACCGGGCCCCGGGCAGCGAUCCGGGCCGGGCCUGGUGCAGGCGGCUCCUCGGAGCCCUCGGCUUGCAGCGAUCACCCGAGCCCCGGCUGCCCGCUGAAGGAGGAGGAGAAGCAGCAUCCGCAGGCUCCGCAGCAGCAACUUGACCCAAACAACCCCGCAGCGAACUGGAUCCACGCUCGUUCCACCCGGAAAAAGCGCUGUCCCUACACCAAAUACCAGACGCUUGAGCUGGAGAAGGAAUUUCUCUUCAACAUGUACCUCACCCGGGACCGGCGCUACGAGGUGGCCAGGAUUCUGAACCUCACAGAGAGACAGGUCAAAAUAUGGUUCCAGAACCGUAGGAUGAAAAUGAAAAAGAUGAGCAAGGAGAAAUGCCCAAAAGGAGACUGACCCAGCACAGUACCCACAGGAGCGCUCAGAGGCAGCCAGGAGUUUUUUUGUGGGUGCUUGAUUUCCAGAAACUCUCCACCGACUCAGACUUUUUUUUCUUUAUUAGGUAGAAGUGACUGUGUGGUUGGUCUCUGUGAGGUGUUUGGGGGACUCUGUAUUUGCUCGCUUAUGUGUUGAAGAAACCAAGUGGCUUCAGGGUUUUGCCUACCCCACUCCCUCCUUUCCUGCUCCAUUGAUUGCUUUGGAAAUACUAUAUUUUGUGAGUGCACGCUGGUUUAAGGAGCCCUUCUGUGUAAAUGUCUCCCCUGUUUCCAAAAUGUGCUGUAGUUUAGUCCCCCACCCUUCAGCGCUGCCCCAGCAGGGCCAAGCAGAACCCCAAUUCUGGGGAGACAUUGUGGACACCCCUGCCACUUGCCCAGACAGAAGCCCAGCUGGGUGAGCCACCGGUUUCGAAAGCCCCCUUUCCUCAGGGAUCCAGUGAGGCCUAGAGAGGAGCUUAGGGCCUCAGGUGGGUUGUGGUUUGUCCUGAGUGCGUUGGAGGAGUUGCUUUUUCCCCGGGGAGGGUUGGGAUCUAGUGGGCAGCCUGAUGGUGACCCUCCAGGUUCCUGUCCAAGGACCAGUUGUAAAUGUUACCGCUUCCUACCAAUAAAUGCUGAUCUGAUCAAAUGGAGCCCAGA